AUGUGGAAAAUCACCAGUGGUGCGGCGAUAGCAGGAUGCUCAUUUUUAUUGGGCAGAUAUUCGAAAAAUGAGGAGAGCCGGGUGUUUCGCAACGCCAUGUCGGCAACAUCAAAUAUUAAACGUAGUGUAUUACAGGAGCCAAUAUCUUUUCCCGCUACAACAACCAAUGAUGCUCAUCUUCAACCAUCGCGAGCCUCUCAAAUAAUGGUGCACGGAUUUCCGGGCUUUGACAACUUGCGAACAUUUGAAGACUUUGUCUUAUCGUAUGAUAGGAAGACAAAAACAGCGCAUUGGGUUUGUGAGCAUCUGACACCAGAUAUGCUUGUUUAUGAUAAAUCAGUGGAUCGAACGAAAUGUCAAUUUCGACCCGAUGAAAGUAUUCACAAAUAUUUUCAAUCUCAAAAUGAGGAUUAUAAAGGAAGUGGGUUUGAUCGAGGUCAUUUGGCUGCCGCAGGCAAUCAUAGAAAGUCUCAGAACGCUGUUGAUCAAACGUUCUUCCUCACAAACAUGAGUCCGCAAGUUGGCAAAGGUUUCAAUCGAGACAAGUGGAAUGAGCUCGAGAAAUAUUGCAGAAAAAUCGCAAAGAAAUCGGUGAACACUUACAUUCUCACUGGUCCAAUGUACCUUCCGAAACUUUUUGAAGAUGGUAAAAAAUAUGUCAAAUAUCAAGUUAUUGGCAAGAAUCACGUUGCGGUGCCAACACAUUUUUUCAAAGUACUUCUAGUGGAAGUGGCGCCUGGAAAUUUUGAAAUGGAAUGUUUUCUACUUCCAAAUGAGGUGAUUCCAGAGAGCGUCGAUCUUUCCAGCUUCCAUGUGCCAUUGGAAAUGAUUGAGAGAAAUGCUGGAAUUCUGAUAUUCGACAAAUUGCCGAAAAAUUCCUUGAAGAAAGUGAACGGAAAGAAAUCGGGAGGAUUCUGGUGA